AUGAAAGAGAUAGAGGCCGAGAUGGCCAGGACCCAGAAGAACAAGGCGACCGAAUACCACUUGGGACAACUGAAAGCUAAACUAGCCAAAUAUCGGUCACAGCUGUUGGAAGCCCCCAAAGGAGGGAAGAAAGGGGAAGGCUUCGACGUGCAACGACAAGGCGAUGCGCGAAUAUGCCUAAUCGGAUUUCCCUCAGUUGGAAAAUCAACGCUAUUAUCAAAAAUAACCAGCACAACGUCGGAGAUAGCUGAUUAUGAGUUUACCACCUUGACCUGCAAGCCAGGAAUAAUAAGUUACAAGGAUGCAAAAAUUCAGCUGCUGGAUCUUCCUGGGAUAAUUCAAGGGGCUUCAGAAGGCCGUGGACGAGGGAGACAAGUUAUAGCUGUUGCCAAGUCGUGCGACAUGAUUAUGAUGAUACUAGACGCAACGAGGGAUAAUAGUCAAAAAAUAAAAUUAGAAAACGAACUUAAAGCUGUGGGCAUACGAAUAAACCAAGAUCCGCAAAGGAUCACAUUGACAAGGAAGAAGACCGGCGGUGUUGUUAUAAAUAGCACUGUCCCCUUAACAAAGCUGGACAACAAGCUUAUAAUGAGCAUCCUUCACCAGUACAAAAUACACAACUGCAAUUUGCUCUUCAAUGAAGAUGCAACGGUUGACGAUCUCAUUGAUAUUAUUGAGGGCAACCGAAAGUACAUUAAGUGCAUUUAUGUGUACAACAAAAUUGAUAUGCUGCCCUUGGACGAAAUUAACACCAUCGCCUCCGGCGAAAACACGGUGGUGAUAAGUAGCAGCAAGUCGUGGAAUUUGGACGUGCUAAAGGAGUACAUUUUUCAGAAAUUGGAAAUUAUUCGCGUGUAUACCAAAGUGCGCAAGGAAAAACCUGACUUUACGAAUCCGAUUACGUUAACUAGGCAACGGGGAAGCCAAACUGUGGAGGCCGUGCUUAACCAAAUUCAUAAAGACAUGAUUAAGGAUUUUAAAUUUGCACUCGUUUGGGGAAGAAGCACAAAGCACAAUCCGCAAAGAGUAGACUUACGUAUGUCAAUAAUUGAUUUGUACAUGCUUGUGCGAGCAGUUGCAUGUGUCCGGUAG